GCCAAACCAUCUGAAAUAGACGACAUAUUCUCUGGCAAAGCUGCCAUAUCGAAGGCCUCACAGCCCCCUGUUUUACCCUCCGGAACAAGCACAAGCAAGCCAGCGAGGCUCGCGGCCGCCUCCAGUCCUGCCAAUGGCCUGAAGAAAAAGAAGAAACAGAAGAAGGCCGAAGAGGCUAAGGCAGGAAGUGAACAAGCAUCCAAAGAUGUCGUGACUGAUACAACACCAAAUCCGGAACCCAAGCCUCUAAAACGGCCCGCCGAAACGAUCGUUGACCCCUCCCUCCCUCGACUCUCCAAGAAACCCAAAUUCUCUUCCAAUCCCCUCACCAACGCAUCCCUGACAACGAAGUCCAAACCUCGAAAAAAGCCGGAGCUGGAUGAGGAGGAACGCGCGUUUAGGGACUCGAGGGGAAACGAGCCGAGACGGAAGACGGAGGAGGGGUGGAACGUCUAUAAGGAGGACGAGCUGGGGAUUGGCAAAGAGGGAGGUGGUGGAUACACCGCUCUGCCCAUUUGA